AUGCCUAAGUGGGUAUUCCAAAGCACCAAUGGCGCCUUCACCAAGGAGGAUAAGCAAAAGCUAGCCAAGGGCAUGUCCAAAAUUUACGAGACCUUCGGGCUGCCCGCAUUCUACACCCACGUACACUUCAUCGAGUUCGGACCAGACGACUUCUGGUCCGGUGGAGAGCUUGCCGAGAAGUCUACGACCAUCUCAAUCUACCAUGCCGCAGCCAACGUCCGAAACAAAGAGGAGGGCGAGGCGUUCUUGAAAGCCCUCGAUGAUGUCGUCCGCCCGGUCCUGAAGCCCAAGGGUAUCAGGUGGGAGUCCAACAUCUAUGAGACUCCACGCGACUUUUGGAGGCUGCAGGGCAUGGCGCCUCCAGAUUUUGAUACCGAGUUGCACAAGAAAUGGGUCAAAGAGAAUACCUUUACCGAUGAGGAUGAGGAGCAACUACUGCGCGCGCAAGGCUACUUUGACGAAUCCCGCUGGCAGCUGCCAACGCACUAA